UAUUUUUCAUUAUCAUUAGAUAAAAAGCAAUGCAGAGGUCCAGCUUCUUCUCUUUGAGACUCAAACGAAAGCUUGUCCACCCGAAGCAUUAGCAGAAAUUCACGAAGAGCUAAAACGCAGGACACUUGCUUGGUCUGCUGUUAGAGAAGAAAUGCGUAUAAGAGACAUUCACCAAACGGACUAUUACAUAGCCAAGCUUUAUGAAAUCCUAGCUAAAGGAGGGACAUUUCAUCAACCGAUUAAUAGUGAAGGGGUGACUGAAGAAGUAAUGAAAGAGGGAUUUCAAGCAAUGAUUAAUGGUGAACACGAUCGUGCGGUACUGGAUAGAGAGUUUAAAACCAACCCUGAUAAAGAGGCAGUUUGUCCUGUGACAAGAAGUAGUGAAAUGAUACAUGAGGGAGCAAACAGAAUAUCUCGGGCUCGAGGGGAUCAAGAUCUUGACAGAUUUCUCAAAGAAGAUAUCCACAGAAUUGAACGCAAUGGCCCAGAAGAUAUAAAAUAAACGAUAAACAAUCAUAUUUGAUGUGAAGUUUACACAUAGACAUAUACAGAAUAUAAAUGAAAAACUAUAUAUAUAUUUUGAUUAUACUCGCUAUGGUUCUCGAUAACGAGAAGAACACUAAUCU